AACAGCGGGUGGCAGCAGUACUCCAGCGGUGCGCUUUCCGUCGAUCUGGACCGGAGAGAAGAAGAAAAAAGUUGUAGCAUGACCACUCUGUCACGGAACAUCGCGUGGACUUUAGUUCGGUUCAAACUGGGAUGCGGGAAGAAACCGUUUUUGUCUUCGUUCUUUUCCAGACACUGUUGUUCAGACCGCACUAAAGGAUCGCAGCAGCGCGCUGGAGCUGUCCUAAAGGGCUUUGUUUAUCCAGAAGCUGCUCUCAGUUGGUUUUCAUCACUUGGUUGCGUUUCAGCUGUUCAGUUGGACAGGAGAAUCAGCAUGUGUUCCAGCUCAAUGUCACACAGGAUGGUGUGGGUGGACCUGGAGAUGACAGGUUUAGAUGUUGAGAAGGACCAAAUCAUUGAAAUGGCCUGCAUCAUCACAGACUCUGAUCUGAACAUUAUAGCAGAGGGACCAUCCAUGAUCAUCAACCAACCAGAUGAGCUUCUGGAUGGAAUGUCGGACUGGUGUAAAGAGCAUCAUGGGAAGUCAGGACUGACCCAGGCUGUCCAAAACAGUAAAAUGACCCUGGAACAAGCAGAGUAUGAAUUUCUGUCCUUUGUCAGGCAGCACACUCCACCUGGACAAUGUCCCCUUGCCGGGAACUCUGUGCAUGCAGACAAAAGGUUCCUGGACAAGUACAUGCCACAAUUCAUGUACCAUCUUCACUACAGAAUCAUUGAUGUCAGCACCAUCAAAGAGCUCUGCAGACGGUGGUUCCCAGAAGAAUUCAAGAUGGCACCUCAUAAGAGCGCAACCCACAGAGCCCUAGAUGACAUAAAGGAGAGUAUUAAGGAGCUGCAGUAUUACAGAUCCUGCAUUUUCAAAGCACCAUCAGAGGAAAAGAAACACAAGAUUGUAGAAAAUAGUGGCAAUAAAAGGUGUUAGUACAUGAAUGAGA